AAUUUUGUAUAUAUGUAAAAUUUAGGUGACCUGUUGUCUUAGUGUCACCUGUAGUUUCUGAAAAUAUGGAGUUCAGAAAAUUAAAGGGAUUAUGGAAAAACGGAGGAACAAAACCUGAAACUCCGAUAUUUCAUGAAAACUGUACAUUAACAAGCCAUGCUGAGAAAACGAACAGCAACACCAACAAUAGCAACAGCAACCGAAACAUGCAGGAUAAAGCAUCAACCAACCGACUCGAGUCUUUAGAAGAAAUACGACCUGAGGUCACGGCUGAGGGCUAUGGUUUACGAACACCUUACGGAACUCAUCUGAAUUUAGACUUUGUCAAAUACUGCGAAGAACUCAUGUCAGGACAGUCGUUCAAGCGUACGUCAUCAUUUCGUCGUCCUCGGUCACGCACCGCUUCACAAGCAUCCGGACAGCAACAAGUACACUAUAACACAAGGUUAGCUGGUGGCCCUUCUAAUGAAAGCCUCGAUUCUUUGGCUAGCGAGGGAACUUGUGAAGGGAACAGGCAGGGUGUACGUGCUGACAAAACAUUGAUGGAAACGAGAAGACGGCUUGAGGCGUUUCGGUCGUUUCGAUCAAAGCGGACAAAGGCAUUUGGCGAAGAACCGGGCUUACCGCCACACAACUAUGCAGUGAGGAACGGAGUGUCCAGUCAAACAUUGCAUAACAUGCGUCGAGGUAGCGGAAGCCCUGCAAAUUCAAGUGGAAGUCUUACACCGAACACAAUCGCAAGCGGUAAUGGUCAGAUAACGUCUCAUCAUUUACAAGUAGUUAGGGAACAAAUGGCCACAGCUCUUUCUCGUUUACGUGAUCUAGAAGAACAGGUUAAAACGAUUCCGGUUCUGCAAGUUAAGAUCUCAGUUUUACAACAAGAGAAGAAACAUCUUCUUGACGAAUUAAAAGAAGCUGAAAAUAAGGUUGAACGAUUAAAAUCACCGCUUGAUGAUUUAGAUCACAAUAAACUGUCUCCACGGAAGUCCUUGCUCUCAACAUCCAGCGGAUUUUCUUCUUCAUCUUCCCAGUCCUCCAUCAGUUCUCCAAGAAGUCCUCCCCCUACAUCUCCAGGACUUCCCAGAUCUUUAGUUGUUGAAACAAAACUCGACUUACGAGGUCCACCGCUGCCACCGAAACGUAAAUAUAGAUCGAUCGCUGUCGGAGACUCAAUGCCUUACCAGGACAUCGUGUGUUACUCAAAGUCAAACUUAAUCACUCACGAAGUAGAGUCUGAUUGUCAGAUUUUAAGACAAACGUCGCCACCGGAAACCGUUGAUUUCUCGGGGCUGGUCGAGCCUUGUUUAAUCGACGCCGAAUUCGGUGUUUUUCCCCCACCACCAAAGGAAUAUAAGGAUUGCGGUUCAGAGACGAAUUCUAUUGAGACUAUUAACUCUUACUCACAAACAAAGAACGAAUUAAAUACAUCUGCUACUCAAACUAUAUCUCCGCUCACUCGAACCAUUGGCACUGGAGAACACGCCUUCAAUGCUAUGGUGGAUAAGUCAUGCGGAGGGAGUGCCGUUGAAAAAAGAGACAUCGGCGUAGAAGCGUCAGUUUUGCAAAACACCAAGUUAACAUCAACCGUCGGUCUAAUUCUAACGAACGAUUUUGCUUCUGGGAACCAUGUCGAGUCGUCAACAGUCGGUACAUCUACUCCUCGUGUUACUAGAUCAGACAUCGCUACUUCAUGUGAAGGACUCUUGAAAACCGUGGACAUAGGUGUAUCUGCUGGUGCUAAAUUGACUGACCAAUGUAUUGGCACGCAACCAACCUCGACCAGCGACGUGGCCGUAAGUUGCGAGUUGCCGACACAUCCUACAGUUGAAGUAAGAACUCUUGCAACAAAUACCGAUGCUGGCAACGGUAGAUGGUGUGUAUAUAAUGAUAUGAAAGACGUGGCCUGUGGAAACGAACGCGUUUGCAUACCUAAUGCUUCGGUUGCGGUGGGAACUGAACUCCAAACAUGCGACCAGUGUACUGAUACACAUGUCGCUACUCGUACAACAUCUACCAUCGCUGAUAUUCGAAAACCAAGCACUGACGCAGUUCAGCAAACCGCAGACGUAGCUACGUACAACUCGUCGACGGAUUGUGACGACAUAAUCCCGAUUGUGACGUCAUCUACAACGAACACGCAGUGCGUCACUACGCAAAACGUUUCUACGCAAUAUCUCACUGACAAAGUUGACGAAGCUACAUCGACUGACGAUCUAGUUAAACAGAAACAUUCAACACAAAUCGACGAUUAUGUUGAUAAGGUCCAGUCUCUCCUGGAAGAACAACAAAGUUUGCUCGCUGAGAACUACGAAGGAUUUAAUGAUGUUAUUAACAAAGAGGAAAAAACGGAAGAAAAGAAAGUUUCACGUUUCAUAAAUCCUGCAUUUGCACAAAAAGACAAUUUGGUUGUUGAAGAAAAGUUAAAAGAACAAACAUCUGCAGCAAUUUCAGCUUCAUUCCAUUACAUGCAAUCCACCCCUGAGACAGAUGAAUCGAGUGAGGAAGAAGAUGAUGAAGAAGACGGUUACAUCCCAUUACAUGAACCAUCUAUAGUUGACCCUGCAGACUUGAAGUCAAUUUUAAAGACGCCUGACACCCCUGUUGGUGAGAAGAAGUUUUUAAGAUUUGCUGAAGGAGUGAAAAGUGAUGACUCCUCCAGUGAGGAGGACUAUUCUUCAUCUGACGAGGAAGAGGAGCAAUCUACAAGUGCAGAUGAAACCAAGGAAGAACUUAAAGAGUUGAUGAGGGAGAUUGAGAAGGAAAAUGAUGUUAAAGUAAAAGAGGAAGACAUGAAAAACAUGGUUUGUGAUGUUGGUAAAGAAGUUGUGGAUCAACAUAAAGAAAAUUCUAAAAAGGAAGAAAUUAGUUUGGUUGCUGCGAUGGCUAAAACUGUUAAAACUUCCGUAAUUGAAGAAAGGAUUGUUGGAGACGGGGCAGAAGAUGAAGUGUUUCAAGACGAAAAUAAAAAGUAUCAGUUUACAAGUGAACUAUUAGAUGCUUGUGACAUUCUUGAGAUGCAUAUGCGUGUUCCAAAAUCAGUGAACCACUCUCAAUUGGAAAAUGCCACCAGCACCGUACAACAAGAAUGGUUUCGAGUGGCAGCCCAACCUAAUUCCAAUGUAAAAACCUUGGAUGAUUUUGUUACUGAUCUUGCGGAUACCUCACUACCUGUUCUGCGCAAGGUCGUCAACAUGACAGAUAACAGUGGCAACACCGUUCUACAUUAUGCGAUAUCCCAUAAUAAUAUGAGAAUAGUUGAAACACUGCUCAGGAUAGAGGAAUUGGACGUAAAUAAACUGAACCAUGCCGGUUACACGGCUGCAAUGCUGGGUUCUUUAUGUCAUGUAGAAAGCGAGGCAGACAUGAAAAUUUUUAAACAACUUUUUGAGAAAUCAAACAUAAACACUCACGCAAAAGAAGCUGGACAGACUGCUCUCAUGUUGGCAGUGAGUCAUGGGCGAUACAAGACCACAAAACUUCUAAUUGAUUGUGGGGCAGAAGUUAAUGCACGAGAUAAUGAUGGUUCUACUCCAUUAAUGUGCGCAGUUGAGCAUGGGCAAAUUGAGAUAGUCAAACUGUUACUCAAUCAUCCUAUGUGUGAUGCUGCAGCAAAAGAUUCUGAUGGCAGCACAGCAAUGAACAUAGCAAUGGAUGCUGGUCAUCGGGAAAUUGCAAUUCUCCUGUAUGCUCAACUCAACUUUAAACCCAACUCGCGCUCAAGACCAAGGGUUGACGGGGCAAAACAGAAGUCAAGUCCAGUUCAUCGAAAAACGAAAUCAUAAAACUAUGAUGACGAAUAUUGUUGGUUGUGGAUACAAUCGCCGCUUCCAAUCUCUUAUCUGCUUUUUAUGCUUUUAUUCUUUCCUUUAUUUUUAACCGUAUUGUUCUUUUACAUAUUUUACUCUUGCUCCAACAUAAUAUUGACAAAGUUGUUUUUUUAAUCAAUGUAAUAAAAAUGAACAUGCGAACACCA